GCUCUUGGCAUUAACCGUUCAUACACACACUUCGCGACGAGUGUUGAGUUUUUCCGCUGUUUCGCUGUUUUGUUUUUCUUCUUAUUUGCAUUAUUUUUUUGUUGUUUUGUGUGUGCUUUUCUCUGUUUCUGUUGGAUCAGAACUUAUCAGAUCAGAUCAUCAUCUGCGCCGUAGAGCAGCUUCGACGAUCAGUUCCGUGUGAGAUCGCUAAACAAAAAGCAACGCGAUCGCGACAACAAGCCGCACUCGACGCUUUCCAAGUGAUCCGCACAGAAGAAGGCCCAGCCCAGCCAUGGAGGUGUACACGUCGGACAGCUCGGACACGGAUUCACGCGAGCAAAAGACCAUCGAUUUUGGUCGCAUGAGUCUCGAUCUGGGCACGCUUGAGGAUCACCUGACAUCGCCGCACAAGGCGAUGCUCAAGUCCAGCGGUGACAUCGAGACGAUGCUGCUCAACCACAAUCGACUGGUGGGCCUGCCCCGUGUGCUGCAGCAGUUUGCCAACCUCAAGGUGCUGGAUCUCAGCUCCAAUGCGAUCACCCAGCUGCCGGACGCCGUCUGCCAGCUGCCGCUGGUUACACUGAUUGCCAAGAACAAUCUGCUGACCAACUGCUCGCUGCCCAAGUCGCUGCUGGCCAAGCAGGCUGGCGUCGGUGGAUAUGGCCACGGACACAGCACCCUCAAGGAACUCAACCUGAGCGGCAAUCAGCUGACCCAUUUCCCCGAGCAGGUCACCGAGCUGCGUCACCUCAAGUAUCUGUAUGUGGGCGGUAACAAGAUCACGGGCAUCUCAAAGGACAUUUGGAAGAUGCAAAGUCUUCAUGUGCUGUCGUUGGGCGGCAACCUUAUCAGCGAGGUGCCCGAUGCUGUUGGUUCACUCAGCCAGCUGCAAGCACUCGUCCUGUGCGACAAUCUCAUCGAGAAUCUUCCGAUGAGCAUUGCCCGGCUGAAGAACCUCAAGUCGCUGCUGCUGCACAAGAACCGUCUGCGCCACUUGCCCAAGGACAUUGUGGCCCUGAAGAACCUCACGGAGUUGAGCCUGCGUGACAAUCCGCUGGUGGUGCGCUUCGUACAGGACAUGGCAUUGAAGCCACCAACUUUGCUGGAGCUUGCUGGGCGCAUUGUGAAGGCGAGUGGCCAGCGGCCCGGACCCUAUGACAUACCCCGAACCCUGGCCGAGUAUCUGAACAGCGCCAACUGCUGUGUGAAUCCCAACUGCAAGGGCGUGUUCUUCGACAAUCGCGUGGAGCACAUCAAGUUCGUGGACUUUUGCGGCAAGUAUCGCGUACCGCUGCUGCAGUACCUUUGCUCAUCGAAGUGCAUCGAGCAUGAGGAACCGGCACGUGGCUCCAGUGCGAGCAGCAGCGCCGCGAGCAGUGCCAAUAGCGGGUUCAUGAUGCGCAAGGUGCUGCUGGGCUAGGCCGUGCGUUCGGCCCCCCGCCCGCCUGGCCCCUGGCCUGGACCUGGCCCUGGCUGGCAGCAGGAGUGCCAUCGGAGCGUCGUCGGUGGCUGGCAUCGACCGGAUAUCGAUAUCGGAGACGAAGAUCCAUUCGUUUAUAGGUCGCGACCCAAUGCCACCAACUCCAGCUCCAGCUCACUGGCACUGGCACUGGCACUGGUUCUGGUUCUGGCUCUGGAGUUUGGCGGCCGCUUGGGCCGGCCCGCGUCCCACUGGCUCACUGGCAUCCCAUUGGCUUCAUCAAUCGUUAACGAGUAAUCGUUCGCUUUGUCGUUCUUGUUGUUAUUCUUCUUUGCCUGCACGUUUGUUUGCUGUUUGCUUCCACCUCUUACCACCCAACCCCUCUAUCCCCAACCGCAGAUACCGCACAUACUACUGUAUAAACCAUCAAAUACCAA